AUGGAGGGAGGGACUGGAGCUGCUGCCGCCGCCGCCGCCUGUACCAGUAUCUAUACGGCAGCUUUCACUGCGGGAACGAUAGGAACUGGAAGCGAUCUUGAUGAAUCUGAAAGAAUGAUGAAGUCCUCUGUGCAUACAGAAGAAGAUGACUUUGUGCCAGAGCUUCAGAAGAGCAUCCAUCCCAGAGAGAGGCCAGAUUGGGAGGAGACUCUCAGCGCUAUGGCAAGAGGUGCAGAUAUCCCUGACAUUCCAGGGGAGUUGCCGCUCCGGACCUGUGGCAGCACAGCAAGUAUGAAAGUGAAGAAUGUAAAAAAGUUAUCCUUUACAAAGGGUCAUUUCCCGAAGAUGGCUGAAUGUGCACAUUUCCAUUACGAAAACGUGGACUUUGGCAACAUACAGCUUUCACUCCCGGAGGAACAGAAUGAAGUAACGAGAAACGGCUGUGAAUCCAAGGAACUGGUCUACCUUGUACAGAUCUCUUGUCAGGGGAGGAGCUGGAUCGUGAAGCGGAGUUAUGAAGACUUCAGAGUACUUGAUAAACAUCUUCACCUAUGUAUUUAUGACCGGCGCUUCUCCCAGCUCUCAGAGCUACCCCGCUCCGAUGCCCUGAAGGACAGUCCGGAGCUUGUCACCCAGAUGCUGAUGGCUUACCUGUCACGUCUCUCAGCCAUCGCAGGCAACAAGAUAAACUGUGGGCCUGCUCUCACAUGGAUGGAGAUUGAUAACAAGGGGAAUCACCUGCUAGUCCAUGAGGAAUCGUCCAUUAACGUUCCUGCUAUUGCUGCUGCCCAUGUUAUUAAGAGAUAUAUUGCUCAAGCAGCAGACGAACUGUCCUUUGAGGUGGGAGACAUAGUGUCUGUUAUUGAUAUGCCACCAAAGGAGCUGACCACAUGGUGGAGAGGCAAACAUGGAUUUCAGGUUGGAUUUUUUCCUAGUGAGUGUGUUGAACUAAUUAACGACAAAGUUCCUCAGUCUGUGACCAAUUCUGUGCCAAAACCAGUCUCCCCUGCCCACGGAGCCCGUCCAGCGUCCUGGAGCUACUUCCCCCCUUAUUUGGAGAUGGAUAGUGUAAAGCCAGGUUCUGCAUAUGUUACAGAGGCUCUGAACCAGUCCCAGCUGAGCUCAGUGUCAAAAAAACACGGCAAGCUCAUCACCUUCCUUCGUACAUUCAUGAAGUCGCGCCCAACGAAACAGAAACUGAAACAGCGGGGGAUCCUGAAGGAAAGGGUGUUUGGCUGUGACCUGGGAGAGCAUCUUCUCAACUCGGGCCAUGACGUCCCCCAGGUCCUCAAGAGCUGCACUGAAUUCAUUGAGAAACAUGGCAUUGUGGAUGGAAUAUAUCGUCUGUCUGGGAUUGCGUCCAACAUCCAGAAACUACGCCACGAGUUUGACUCCGAGCAGAUUCCUGACUUGACAAAGGAUAUUUACAUCCAAGACAUUCACUGCGUGGGCUCCCUCUGCAAGCUGUACUUCCGUGAACUCCCGAACCCUCUGCUGACCUAUCAACUCUACGAGAAGUUCUCAGACGCUGUUUCUGCGGCUACAGAUGAAGAACGGUUGGUUAAAAUCCACGAUGUCAUCCAACAGCUGCCCCCUCCUCACUACAGGACACUGGAGUUCCUAAUGAGACACUUAGCUCGUCUAGCUGAUUACUGCUCCAUCACAAAUAUGCACACUAAGAACUUGGCAAUCGUCUGGGCUCCAAACCUCCUAAGAUCAAAGCAGAUCGAGUCCGCCUGCUUCAGUGGAACAGCUGCCUUCAUGGAGGUGCGAAUCCAGUCAGUAGUCGUGGAAUUCAUCUUGAACCACGUGGACGUCCUCUUCAGUUCCAAACUCAGCUCAGUCAUACGAGAUGGAGCCGGGCACAGUUCUUUAUCACGGCCCAAGUCUCUGUUGGUGUCCUCUCCUUCCACAAAGCUGCUCACGCUGGAGGAGGCACAGGCACGGACACAAGCCCAGAUCAACUCUCCCAUCGUGGCAGACAGCAAAUACAUAGAAGUGGGAGAAGGCCCUGCAGCUUUACAGGGGAAAUUCCACACGGUCAUAGACUUUCCAUCCGAAAGAAAACGACCGCCCAGCAAGAUGAAGAAAUCGCCAGUUGGCAGUUGGCGUUCCUUCUUCAACCUGGGAAAAUCAUCGUCAUCUGUGUCCAAACGCAAACUGCAGCGCAAUCCCAGUGAGCCCUCGGAAAUGAAAGCCAUAGCCCUGGCAGGUGGACGAGGAGACAGCGGGACUCUUCGCUCAGCUAAAAGCGAAGAAUCGCUUACCUCUCUACAUGCUGUUGAUGGUGAAUCUAAACUGUUUCGACCCAGAAGACCUAGGUCCAGUAGCGACGCAUUGUCUGCUUCCUUCAAUGGAGAGCUCUUAGGAAACAUGAAUCGCUGCAAUUCUUACGACAACCUUCCCCACGACAACGACAGUGAUGGGGACGAGGGGCUCAUCCACGUUCCUGCCCUGAUUUCUCCUCGAUCUGCUGAGGAUGUGGACCUGAGCCCACCGGAUAUCGGAGUCGCUAGCCUGGAUUUUGACCCAAUGUCUUUUCAGUGCAGCCCGCCCCAAGCAGAGUCCGAGUGCCUGGAUAGCAGUACCUCCCUGCUGGAGUCAGUUGGCAUAAAUAAGGAGAAGCCAAGCCUACUAAAGAAGGAUUUAGAAUCAGGCAGCCAGUCCCAGACACCAGGCAGUGCCACGAGCUCUGAGCCAGUCUCCCCUUUCCAAGAGAAGAUGAGUCCCUUCUUUACUCUGGACCUGAGCCCAGCCGAAGAGAAGGCCUGCAAACCCCAUGCCUUCUCACCCAAGAUGGGGCGAAAGCCCAUCAAAUCUCCGCCGCUGACUACAUCAGAACCUGUCUCCUUCGCACUGCCCAGCCGCAUGUCAGAAGCGAUUGGAGGAGUGCCCGUCACAUCCAGAAACUCCUCUGCUUCCAGCUGGAGCAAAGGGAUUGGCAUCACUGAUAUCACAAACAGGUCCCCAACCCAGAUGUCCUUGCCCCUGAAAAACAGUGAAACAGGAGCAGGGGAAGGAGCCCACCAAGAGCUACAGCAUGCCCAGCUAGUGGCUGCUGGCAAACCAGAGUUGCCAGAAGAAGGGGAGAGACCAAUGUCAAGCAGUCAGAAUAAGACUGUACCCACUGGACACACACAGCCAGCGUUUGCGUGUGAGACAGAAGAUACAGUGUUUCACAUCAGAAGGAAUUGCCACUGUGAAAGUGUGGAAAGCAUCUAUUUUUUUAUGAUAGUCAUUAAGGUUAGGUCACUCUCCUUAUUGGGUAACAUAAAAUCACUCUCUCUCUCAAUUUUCCCCCCAUUAGGAGCAGUUGCCCUCGACUCCCCCCAGGAUCCUGUUCCCGUCAGUUCUGUGUCUCUUAUCCCUCCUCCUCCUCCGAAAAAUGCAGCGCGCAUGCUAGCCCUAGCGUUAGCCGAGUCCGCACAGCAAGCAUCCGCUCAGUCUCAGAAAAGGCCAGGAGAUGCUCAUUCUGAAAGCACAAAUUACGGAGAGACUGAAGCUGGCACAGCUCUAGAAAAGCUCCAUCUCUCUGCUGGUGCUCCAGACAAGCUCCACCUGUAUACCGGUCUGCCUGAGAACCGACUUCACUUCCAGACUGGUGCACCAGUAGAGCAGGAUUUCCAAGGUAGCAGCACACCCGGGGAGCAGAACCACCCACCAGGUGCACCUGGAAGCCGGGACCCCCCACCUCUCCACACUGGCAUGCCUGGGGACAUGCCUGGUAGCAGAGAUGCAGAGCAGGAGCAGUCCAGCUUCCAUCCUGGUAAACCGGGGGACAAAGAUCACUUCCCCUCCCAUGCUGGGGACUGGGAGCACACACACCACCAUACUCCAGGUGCACUGCCUGACUGGGAACCACCCACAACAGACUUGUCUGUAGAUAAGCCCCACCUCCGUGCAUGCAUGUCUGGGGACAAGCACCACAUUCCUAUCUGCACAGCUGAUGACAAACUUCAGUCUCCUCCUGCCAUAACUGCUGGGGAGAAAAGCACCCCGGCUUCAGCGCCGUAUUUAGCAACCAUCCAGCCAACAGCAACUGAGCCUAACCGUGGGCCAGCAGGUCCAGCCACAACUCAGGCAGACGUCACCGCUGCAGCUGCGCAGCGCACACCCGCAACCAGCCAGCCCGCCCCACCGCAGAGGCAAGAUCACCAGUCAGCAAUGGGACAAGUGCCAGCAGCCUCCGCAAAAGCAUCGAGUAGUUCCAGUCAGGUUUGGGGCGCAAUUGCACCUGAAAAGCCACCUGAGCCUGCUGCUGUUUUUGUCCCAGAAAGCAGUUCUACCAUCCGCUGCUCUUCCUCCGCGCCCACGGGCCACCAGAGCCAUUUGGAAAAGCCUUUGGAAAAGACUACGAGGGCUCCCCCGCUGCACCUGCGGUCCGAGUCUGUCCCUACUCACUCCUCCUACAGCUUUACACCCCCUGUCCCACCUGUGAGAACGCUGGAGAGCAAAAUUGCUGCUGCCAUGCACUCGAACAACACGGAUGCCAUCAACAACUCCAAUUAUCAUGCCUUCCUGUCUUCCUCCAUGCUGGCCUCCUCUGUGGAGGAAGCCCUGCUGCCACCACCACCACCUCCCCCACCCAAGCACGCUUCCCUGCAGUCCGUGUACGUGCCGCAUCCCAAGCCAGAGAGCAUCCCCGAGCCCUCUGGGCCAGACAACUACCUGCACCACAAGCCAGCUUCCGUCCAUCAGUACAGGCCCGAGAGCGUUCCUCCUCACAUCUCCUACCACAGCAAGCCUGACCAGCACCAAGCCUACCCUCCUCGGUCAGAGACACCCACUUCUGCGGGCACUCGCUACAACACCUACACAAACCAAGGGAAGAGCACCUCAGCUCUCCACUCCAAGCCUCGCAGCCGGACAGAGUUUGUGUCCUCCGUGAGCCCAACGGGCCUGCGUAACGCCAGCUAUGCCGAGGAUGCUCCACCCUACCCCACUAUCCGAAGGGUUCAGUCGCUGCACGUCCCCACCCCUGCUGCCUCCGCCAUCCGCUCCGUCCCCAUUUCACGGACCGAGGUACCUCCGGACGACGAGCCAGUGUACUGCCCGCGGCCCCUCUAUCAGUACAAGCCAUAUCAGCCCCACUCCGACUACCACGUAACUCAGCUGCAGCCUUACUUUGAGAACGGGCGGGUACAUUACCGGUACAGUCCUUAUUCCAGCUCUUCUGGAUCCUCUUAUUACACCACUGCUGAUGGGAGCUUUUACGACCUGGACCCCUACAGCACUGUGCGGGUCAGGCCUUUCCACCCCCUGCCCAGCCGAGACUUUGCAUCGUACGCCUCCCGGCUGCAAAGCAAAGGCCUGUACCGCUAUCCCAGCUUGUCUGCCUACCCUCGGGGUGGCCUCAUCAGCCACCUGGCAGGCAAAGAGCACAGCUUCAUCAGCAGAGAUGUGCCUCCUGCCCCGGACAUCAAGCACAUGUACAUGUCGUGGGACCUCGAGGACAUGGAGAAGUACCGCAUGCAGUCUAUUCGCCGGGAGAGCCGCACGCGCCAGAAGAUGAAAGGGCCGGUGAUGUCCCAGUAUGAUAACGUGGCCCCGCUGCUGCAGGAGGAGCUGGGAGGACUGGAUGUGAUUCACUUGCGCAGCAAAUCAGAUCCUGGGAAAACUGGCCUCCUCACCGUGGCAGAAGGGAAAGAGGGGAGGUACCCGGCCAAAGCAGCUACGCCCGAGGGGGACGAACGUUACUACAUGCAGCACCCUGAGCCAGAGCUGGACAGAGCCCACUACCAUGGAGCCUAUGGGAACGGGCAGUCGGAAAAGCCGUCCCUUCCCCAGAAGCAGAGCAGCAUCCGGAACAGGAAGCUGCAUGAGCCGGGCUGCAACACAAACGAACACAGGACGCACUUGCAGCAGGAAGCAAGCCAUAGGCAGCCUUCCGAAUCCAAAAAUGGGCCCCCUUAUCCCGACUACAGGCCCAAAGGUGGCCCAGAGCCCUCCGAGCCCAUCAGUUACCAGCACUCAGGCGGGAAGUACAUCCCGGCGAACCAGGAGACCCUGAGACUGAACCACAAGGAGGUGAGGUUACCAGAGGACAGGCCAGAUUUGGAGAGGUCCCGAGCCAGGCCGACCGCAUCCAUGGAGAAACACUCCAGAGACUGCUAUAAAGAGGAGGAGCAUGCCGCCUCUCCCAUGGCGCCACCGCCCAAGCCCGAACGGAGCCACAGCCUCAGAAUGCAACACCCCGAAACCAUGGAGAGGGACUCUGCCCUCCUCUACCCAUACCAAACCCUUGGGAAACGCCAAAGCACUAUGACUGUGGUGUCCCAGUAUGAUAAUUUGGAGGAUUACCAUACCAUGCCUCAGCACCAAAGAGGGGGCUAUGUUGGAGGAGGGGGGUUUGUGCCCCCCAGUUUUACCCACGUGCACAGUAGAACUUACGCCACGGCCCUUGGCCAGGGAGCCUUCCUCCCGACGGAGCUGUGUUUGCAGAGGCCUGAAACAGAGGUCCAUGUUGAGUGA